UGUCAAAAACAUCCGUGAUUCAUUUGUUAUUUUUGCGUGUGUCAGAUUCGUUCUCAACACACGAAAAACACGGAACUAAUAAGCUCGUCAAUCGUUUUACUUUAUUGUUUUUGUAAAGCAUUAAUUUCUACCACCAUUCACACAAAAGAGCGUUUAAAGGUGUAAAGCAGCAGCAGCGCGAGCCUUCCCUCGGCCAAUUCCCCGGUAGCGAAACAAAGACACGCACACACACCCCGUUAAAACAUCAACAAUGGAUCAGGAUCGCAUUCUAGCCACAUUCAAGAUAUUAAUAAUAGGCGAAAGUGGGGUAGGAAAAUCUAGCCUGAUGCUUCGAUUCACAGAGAAUGACUUCGAUAGUGAUCAAGCGCUUACGAUCGGUGUGGACUUUAAGACGAAAAUGCUCGAUCUCGAUGGGGUGAAGGUGAAGCUCGCCAUCUGGGACACGGCCGGCCAGGAACGGUUUCGUACGCUAACGCCAAGCUACUAUCGGGACGCGCAGGGCGCAAUCCUGGUGUACGACGUCACCAAGAAAGACACAUUCCAGAAGCUAGAGUCGUGGUUGAACGAGCUGGAAAUUUACGGCACGCGCAACAACAUGGCCAAAAUGAUUGUGGGCAACAAGAUCGAUCAGCCGAACCGGGCGAUCAGCCGGGAUGAAGGGUUCCGGUUUGCGAAAAAGCACCGAAUGAUGUUCAUCGAAACGUCGGCCAAAACGAGCGAAGGUGUAAAGGACGCAUUUGAGGAGGUAGUUCGUAAGAUUAUGGAAACGGACGGCUUAUGGGAACGGAACGAUUACGGAGAUGGAGUUGAUCUGCAUGGCAAUCGUACACCUGCAUCGGGGUCGUGCUCCUGUUAGCUUCCAACUUGCAACCGUAUGCACCCGCAGGCACAAGGCUAAGGAACGCGGGCAGAUCGAGAACCGGGCAGUCUGUCACAUGCUUCGCAGUUCAUUAUCAUGCUCACCGCCGCGCCUCUCUGUACUAUUUCAUCCUGAUAUUUAAACAAACAACCUCGAUGGUGUACCCGUAAAUAAGGUGUUUUAAUUUGUUUUUAAUUUUUGUUUCGUGUUUUAGAUAAAAUAUUUUUAGCGCAUUGUAUUGCACCCGUGUAUGGUUAAUCACUAAGGCGAAAAUAAACGAUUAGGAGAGCAAAAAAA